CCGCACGCCAUUAGAGAGCUUGCUGCAAGAUAGCGAGCCGCCAUUAAUACCGUCCGACUCGCCCAACGAACGAGUCAAUUACUGAGUCAGGGAGGUUGCAAAAUAAAGGCUAACCUUUUCCAAAGACUUGUUGUUGGUUCAGCUUUCCUCCUCACUUGUCGGGGAAGCACAAAUUCAGCUACCUUCCCCCUCCCUCCUUACUGUGUACGCGCUGUCUCGCUUCUUCCCUGAUCUCUGGCUUGGUUUCUGAUAUUCUUCUCUCGCUUCUUGUGUUUUUCCUUUCUCCCAAUCCGUUACAUGGCUGCUGAUUUUUUGCUUUCUAGUUGAUUUCUGUUGCAUCUUUUAGUGCUUCGAUCUGUGAAAUUUGCUCCGUCGAUUUUGCCUAAAUGAGGGGUCGUAGUAGAUGAUCCUCAGCAUGUUAACAGUUUUUCUGUCAUGCUGACUUAAAUCCGAGAAAGGGAAAGCCAGAACGAUAUCAAGGGGAUUCGGACUAUUGUGAGAUGUAGUAUAUUCCUCAUAUUUGUAGCUUUAGCCGGCAGCUUUGAUGAGGUUCUUUAUAAUGUUUAAUGCUGGAACCUCUGUGUAUUGGCAGAAAGUUUACGGACUGCAGCUGCGAUCUUUUCCUGGAAAAGCAAGUUUAGACUCUUUAAAGAGUUUAAUAGGAUGGGCUGGAUAUCAGUUUGUGGGUUUGACCUUCUUGUCAAUUGCUUUUCAGCUUCUUUGCAAUAUGCUUUUCUACUUUUGAUUACCAACCUUGUAAUCUGUGUGUGUAUGGAUAACCAACCUUCCUUUAGUUCAAGUUGCUGGGGCAAUCCUGGUACAGUCUCACUGUUACUACCCAAAUCUAGUCUCCUAUGUAUUGCUUUUACGGGAGUUCUGCGUGUGCUUAGUGUGAACAUGUUUCGAGGUUGUGCUUUUGAAGAGCUGUAAUCUUGUGAUUUGCAGCAGCAUUUUUCCCUGAACACAGCAAGUAUGCCUGACAAAAUAACUGCGGAGGACAUUCUAACAAACCUAGUUGAAACCUUUGGUGAAAACAUCCCAAAACAGAAAUCUGGGUCAUUCUUUGAAGAAGAGAGAGACAAAGCCACAGCUCAAUUCAACAAAUUGUUUGGACGCCAGAAGCCAAUUCAUCAUGUCUUGGGUGGUGGCAAAUCUGCUGAUGUUCUGUUAUGGAGGAACAAGAAGAUAUCUGCUAGUGUUUUAGGAUCUGCAACUGCCAUGUGGGUGCUUUUUGAGUGGCUAAAUUACCAUUUCUUGACUCUCCUGUGCUUGGCUCUAGUCCUUGGAAUGCUUGUUCAGUUCUUGUGGAGGAAUGUUUCGGGACUAUUGAACCAGUCAUCAUCCAAGGUUCCCCGACUUGUUUUACCUGAGGAGUUGUUUGUCAGCAUUGGCAAAUCUGUUGGCGCAGAGGUUAAUCGUGCGCUACUUCUGCUUCAGAAUAUUUCAUGCGGUGGGAACUUGAAACAUUUUCUUGUGGCUGUUGGGAGCUUGUGGGUUGCUGCUGUGAUUGGAAGCUGGUUCAACUUCGUGACUGUGCUGUAUAUAGGUUUUGUUGGAGCUCACACAUUGCCGGUCCUAUAUGAGAAGUACGAGGAUCAGGUGGAUGACUUUGUGUACAAGGUAUUUGAACAGCUCCGAGGCCAUUACAGCAAGCUUGACAUGUCUCUCCUGAGCAAGAUCCCCAAGGGAAAGCACAAGGGGAAGAAGGAUGAAUAGGGAAUCUGUAACUGUGUUUGUCUUGGGAGUUUGGACUAGGUUCAUAUGACGCGAGUUGCGACUUUAGUUUUCUUGGGGGAAAAAAAUACUCUGCUUUAGUUGAAACUCCGUUAAAAAAACUCUGCCUUAGUUGAAGGGGAAAAGGGUCUAAAAAUAGUCUGCUGAAGUUGUAAGUAUAUGUGGCCAGUACGCGUAUGUAUUGCUUCGAAAGGAAUUGCUGCCACAAUAUCUGCUGUUAAAUCCAUAGUAUUCCCCAAUUAAUGAAGCGUCGUAUUUCUAUUUAAAGAUUAUGGGAUAAAUUUGUCUGCACAAUUUUUUGCUAUCAUUCUCCUUUUUUCAUUGGUUGUUUCUCAGAUAUUGCUAGGCUUGGAAGAGGUUGUAGCCUAGCUGUAACACUGCCUGUGAGAAACAAUUUGGAGUUUGUAGUUCUGAAUCCCCUAGACUGCGUGUUGUGUCCUAGACUGCGUGCUUGUGUACGUGCUUGUGUUCUUUGUGCAGUAGUUCUCCUUCCGUCCAUUACAUACCAGUGCCAAAGUUACUAAUUCACUCGCUCUAACUACAACUUCCUUAUCGACGGCCAAGUAUAACCGACGACUGGGUGUAGUAUAGGGUAAGCAAGCAAUAAAAUUUGUCGUACCAU